CUCACUUUUAAUUGUACAAGAAAUAACCAAGAAACUCCCCUAACCCCCCUCAUCACCACCACUUUUAUACACAUGUUUCCCCUUGCAAAUCCAAGAGAAACUGAUCUACCAAGCUAUAUAGUAAGAGAAAUAUAUUGUUUUAGAGAGAGAGAAAGAGAGGAAGAGCUAGAGAGAUGGGAAGGUCCAACCCUAAUAGAAGCAUGAGGUGUAAGAAGCAUCCAAAGCACAACCAAUCUAUAGGAGUGUGCCCCUUUUGCCUAAGAGAGAGGCUCUCUCACCUCUCUAAGCUCUCUUCUACAUCUUCUUCUUCCUCUUCUUUCUUAACCUAUACUAUAUAUAGUUCCUCUUCGAGCAGCUCCUCCUCUGUUUCGCCUUACUCCGACGACGACUCCGAACUCUCCGACUCCCACUCUCCUUUGUACCAUGAAGCAAAGAGAUCGAGGUGGUCUCUCCUCCUUAAAGAAGAGAAGCGAGACCCACCGCUGACGAAGAGCCGGUCCAUGGCUUUCGCGAUCGGCCGCAGAAAGAAGGAAGAAGGUAAAGAGAAGGAGAGAGAAGCGAAGAAAGGAAAGGAGCAGGAGAAGAAGAAGAAGAAGAAAAGGUUUUGGUUUAAGUUGAGUGGAUAUAUAUCGAGGAGAGGGAGAGAUGAGGAGGGAUGUUCUUUGACACACUCUAAGACCCUCAAAGAGAAGCCUAGUGCUAAGUGGGUUUUAUUUGCGUAGAUCUUAAACCUAGUUAGUUAAUUACUAUAACUGUAUAGUAUUUGCUCCUGAUUUUUUGUUGCUUAAGUUAUGAAGCCCUUUUUAACCUGUACGUACCCAGCACAAAACAUGCAUGCAUGCAUGGGGGCGCAUAAAUAGAGUAGAUGAGUACGUUGUUGCUUUUAAUAUCCAUCGAUCAUUUAUUUGUUCAUUUAAUUGGAUUUAUAUGGUUUGUCAUAUUGUAUUUGUACAAAAAAGUUGAAAUGGGAAGGAGGGGACUAAAGUUUGCUCGAAAUUAAGUACAAUUGCCACGGGAGAGAUCGAGUCAAAUUUAUAAUCCACACAAAGUACACUGCGCUGAGAUUUAAAUGUCGCGCGAAGUGAGCAAUGGGUUAAUCAAUUGCAU